CCUCCGCUGCUGUUGGCACUAUUUUCUCUCCGCUCUGAUGAGUUAAUUGGCGGCAUCUGUGCGAGCUCCAGACUCAUCGACAUAAGAGAAGAGACACGAUGUUUCAGGUCCAGAUGGAGGACUGUUUGCUCCGUGGAGACUCGUCUCAUCUGGUUUCUCUGCUUCACUAUGAAGGACUGACCAGCACCACCCUCACCAGACUGGACCAGCUGGUCACCAAGGAUCUGUGUGGAUCUGCUUUCAGCAGAGUCCUGGUUGUGUUGAAGUCUUUAGAGAUUCUGUCAGAGAACAGAGACGACCUUCAGACGCUCAUAAACCACGGACUGCCUGCAAAAUUGGUGUUGUGGUUUGAAGCUGUCCGUGACCUGCUGACCUCUGACUUCCACAAAAGCUCUGCCCCCUUGCUGAGCCUGACUGAGGAGUUCUAUGACUACUUCCUGCUGCUGGUUCAGGCUUCUCUCCCAGUCAGCCAGCUGUCUGUGGUUCUUCUUCAGUUGGCUCAGUUUGCUUUGGAACCAGCGAUCCACUUUCCACUGAGACUGGAGGCCAUCAGAACCUUUAACAGCAUCCUGGAGUCUCUGAGCCGAGAGCAGCGGAGACUGAUCCAGAACGACCAGAACCAGAACCAAAUACUAUUGCAGGUGGCAGCAGCAGUUCUGACAGUUGGAGACUACGAGCUGCAGGUCAGCCUAUCAGAGGCUCUGUGUCGUCUGACGCCCAGGAAGGACCGACGGCAGAGAGCCAAUCACUGGUUCUCCAGCUUUGACAUCAGCAAUGCCUUCUGCAACAUCAAGGACGGAGACUUUGAGGUGGACUGCAGACGUUUCCUGAACUUUGUUAACUGUAACCAUGGUGACCAGAGAAGGGUCUACACCUUCCCCUGUGUAAAAGCAUUUCUGGACUCCACUCAGCUGUUUCGACCAAAAGAUGACAAAUUGGACGAGUUCUGGAUUGAUUUUAACGUCGGCUCAGGAUGUGUGAGCUUCUUCAUUGAUGAACCUCAGGGUUUCCUGUGGGGGUCCAUCCACCUGCUGAAAGAGGACGUGGAUCACUACAGUCUCCAGGUCAAAGACGACGGUUGCACUGGGGCAGAGACUGUCCUCAGCGUCCAGCUGAAUACUCCCAUCAUGCACCACAACAGCAGAGGUCAGACAGUGGAGCUGAGCUUCAACUGUGAACAUCAGAGAGAGCUGGAGGAGGCUGCUGGGAGAGUCUUCAUGAAAGUGAAUAGCUCCCCUGGUGUUAAAGACACAGGUGGUACCGUCCAGGCCCCCCCCUCUGCUAACAGACACGAUGGUAGGUCCUACAGCAGGAAGAAACCGCAGAGCAAGAGUCAGCUGAAGAUUUUGCCUCUGUCGUCUCCGAGCAGUGAGGAUGACUCCUCUGUAACAAAGACUCCAGGAAAAAGCAGAUCAGAGUAUCUGUUUGAUCAGAUCAGACACUCGACUCCGACUUACGACUCAGGUGUUCCUGUGGGGGCGGAGCUAGAGAUCUCACAGGAACACACAGUGGAGUUUGGAGGAAGCGGCCCUCCUUUACGACAGGAAGUCUUCGGCAGUGACAGGAAGAGAGCCGCUGCAGAAUCGGGCUACCUGUCAGACCAAACUGAGGGCGCCCCAGCCCAGAAGAGGAGGGUGGAGCCUCAGCCAGAAGGGGAGGAGUCUAACUUACCAGUAAGAGAGUGCUCACCUGAGGGGGCGGGACCAUCGGUGGAAGAGGAGGGGCUAUUUGACAAAGACGCGGGGCCAUGUGUCAAGGGGGAGGGGCCUGUGAAUAAGUCAGGAGAGGAGCCAGAGUCAGAUCUGACUUCAUGCAUCACAGCUGCCUUCAAAACCUUCAAAACACAACUAGAACAGCACUUCACUGGCUGCUGGCAGAAGGUUGAAAAUGAAGUUCUUCUGUCUCUAAAAGAGUGUCAGCAACACGUCUCAUCACUGCUCACAGCUGUCCAUCAACACAGGUACCGUCCACCCCAACACACCUGUCCAUCAACACAGGUACCAUCCACCCCAACACACCUGUCCAUCAACACAGGUACCAUAACAUAGAUACAGGUAAUAUACAAAAUUGCAAAGUCAAUGUAAUGUACGAAGUCGCAACAUUACAUACAAAGACACAUAAACGUACUGACUCAUUUGUUUGAUGUACAAAGAAAUAUAGAGUCGAGAAGUAACGUACAGACUCACAGAACUGCUAUGGAGUCAUAAUAUGAAAUGCAGAGUCACGAAGUAACGUACGAAGUCACAGAGUAACUGUGACGUUAUGGGGUAAUGUACGAACUCUAACUUUUGACCAGACAACAGCAAUGCAGACGAUGCCAGCACUGCAAAAAGAUGUAUUUUAAAUGUCCGCUUUUCGGUACGAACAAACAUGACCACAAAGUCACAACAAAUAUUAAACAGAUACACAUUCAUCUCGAUACAAAAAUGGAUUUUACUUUCAGUUCUACUUUAAGAACAGGAAGUCCUCCUAAUGAACAGCUGAUAAAUCUCAGGCGUAAACUG